AUGGUCGUUUCGCCAUAUUCUCAGUCCUCGAAUCGAUCGGCAUUUAAAUACGGCAGCCAGGAAAAUUUCACUGAUAGUAAUCAGUCACUUGGAGUGUGGGGCACAAUGGGGUUGUUAACUCUGCAAAACAUUGACAACCAGGUGUUUCUGGUAGUCGGUAGUUCUCCUCUAGCGCAGAGAAGAGGCACUGCUAUCGAGGGUGCCGGUGCUGUACCAGUUUUCUUACCGACAGCAGGUCUCGACGACCUUACAUCUCGCGGUCGCACCGACGUCGAUAAGGUUGUGGAUGGCGUCUUUGUGGUGGACACAGAGCAAAAUGGUAUCAAGUCUACUAUUGAGCUCGUCAACCAUUGCAAAAGACUACGGAUCCCCAUCAAUGUUGCUGAACAUCCGCAUUUAUGCACGUUCUCUCUUCCGUCCACUUUUCGGGAUGGCAACUUCCAACUAGCUGUUAGCACGGGCGGAAAGGGCUGUCGGCUAGCCAAUCGCCUGAAGCGGGCAGCUUUAAGUGCGUUGCCUCAACAUCCUGGUGCUAUUUGUGACAACAUCGGUGACCUACGCCAGCAGCUGGUCGAUAACGGCGCCGACGCCAAGAGCGAUACCGGCAGCCAUGACGACGAUGCCGAACAGACGAUCGAAUUGAACGCGUUCACCAAAGCAACCGACCCGCAGCACAGGCUACGAUGGCUUGAUCAAAUGGUCGAGUAUUAUCCCCUGCGCAGCCUCGAAACUUUGACCUUGGCUGAUCUGGAAGAUAUCUCAGGCAAGCAGCCUAGUCCAUCUCCCAGUGAAACAAAGAAAGGCAAGAUCAGUCUUGUCGGUGCUGGCCCCGGUAGUAGCGAUCUUCUGACCACUGAAGCAUUGAGGGAAAUUACAUCUGCAGACUAUGUUCUUGCCGACAAACUAGUGCCUGAGGAGGUUCUGGCAUUAGUUCCUCGCCGGACUCCUGUAUUCAUUGCUCGAAAGUUUCCAGGAAACGCAGAACGGGCCCAACAAGAGCUCCUGGAGAAAGGACUUGGUGCAGUUGAACAAGGUCAGCAUGUGGUCCGGCUCAAACAAGGAGAUCCCUAUAUUUACGGCAGAGGUGCUGAAGAGUAUUUAUUUUUCCAGGAACACGGAUAUACUCCCAAAGUUGUCGCUGGCGUUACCAGCGCUUUGGCAGCUCCUCUAUUGGCUAAUAUACCAGCAACACACCGUGGUGCCGCUGAUCAGAUUCUCAUCUGUACGGGAACUGGACGUAACGGUGCCCAACUUGAACCCCCAGAAUACGUUCCUACCCGCACAGUUGUGUUUUUGAUGGCCCUGCAUCGCAUUGAGUCGAUGGUUGAGAUUUUAGUUAGUGCAGGUUGGGAUCCUGAUGUGCCUUGUGCGUCGAUUGAACGAGCUUCUUGCCCAGAUCAGCGCGUGGUUCGCACAACCCUUAGACACAUUGCCGAUGCGCUCAACGCAGUAGGCAGUCGACCACCGGGUCUUUUGGUUGUCGGUCAAGUGUGUCACGUUCUUUUCAAGGGGUCUGAAAAAUGGACCGUUGAGGAGUAA